AUGAUAAAUAUCAAAAUCUCCCCGUCCCUGGACCUGGGCCUGGGCCUGGACCUGAGCCUGGACCUGGGCCUGUCCCUGGGCCUGGGCCUGGGCCUGGACCUGAGCCUGGACCUGGGCCUGGGCCUGGACCUGGGCCUGGGCCUGUCCCUGGGCCUGGUGCCGAGCCACUGCCCCAGAGCCACUGCCCCAGAGCCACUGUCCCAGAGCCACUGUCCCAGAGCCACUGCCCCAGAGCCACUGCCCCAGAGCCACAGCCCCAGAGCCACUGCCCCAGAGCCACUGUCCCAGAGCCACUGUCCCAGAGCCACUGUCCCAGAGCCACUGCCCCAGAGCCACUGUCCCAGAGCCACUGUCCCAGAGCCACUGUCCCAGAGCCACAGCCCCAGAGCCACAGCCCCAGAGCCACUGCCCCAGAGCCACAGCCCCAGAGCCACUGUCCCAGAGCCACUGCCCCAGAGCCACUGUCCCAGAGCCACAGCCCCAGAGCCACUGUCCCAGAGCCACUGUCCCAGAGCCACUGCCCCAGAGCCACUGUCCCAGAGCCACUGUCCCAGAGCCACAGCCCCAGAGCCACUGUCCCAGAGCCACUGCCCCAGAGCCACUGUCCCAGAGCCACUGUCCCAGAGCCACUGCCCCAGAGCCACUGCCCCAGAGCCACUGUCCCAGAGCCACUGCCCCAGAGCCACUGUCCCAGAGCCACUGUCCCAGAGCCACUGUCCCAGAGCCACUGUCCCAGAGCCACUGCCCCAGAACCACUGUCCCAGAGCCACUGUCCCAGAGCCACUGUCCCAGAGCCACUGUCCCAGAGCCACUGCCCCAGAACCACUGUCCCAGAGCCACUGUCCCAGAGCCACUGUCCCAGAGCCACUGUCCCAGAGCCACUGUCCCAGAGCCACUGUCCCAGAGCCACAGCCCCAGAGCCACAGCCCCAGAGCCACAGCCCCAGAGCCACUGCCCCAGAGCCACUGCCCCAGAGCCACUGCCCCAGAGCCACAGCCCCAGAGCCACAGCCCCAGAGCCACUGCCCCAGAGCCACUGUCCCAGAGUCACUGUCCCAGAGCCACUGUCCCAGAGCCACUGUCCCAGAGCCACAGCCCCAGAGCCACUGCUCCAGAGCCACUGCCCCAGAGCCACUAA